AUGCUAGUUGGACAACAAGCACCAGACUUUGAACUCGAAGGCGUUCUCAAUGGCGACUUCAAGAAGUACAAGCUCGCUGACUACAAGGGCAAGUGGCUCGUUCUCUUCUCAUACCCACUCGAUUUCACAUUCGUCUGCCCAACAGAAAUCAUUGAGUUCUCCAACAAGCUCGAGGAGUUCAAGAAGCUCGGUGCUGAGGUUCUUGGCCUUUCUGUUGACUCCGUUUUCACACACCUUGCUUGGCAAAAUACACCACGUAAGGAAGGUGGCCUCGGCGAAAUCCACUACCCACUUCUUUCAGAUCUUACACACGCCGUCUCCGAAGCUUACGGUUUCUACAUGAAAUCUGAGGGACACACACUCCGUGGCACAGUUAUCAUCGACCCAGAGGGCAUCGUUCGCCACGUCCAGAUGAACCACCCAGAUGUUGGCCGUAACGUCACAGAAAUCAUCCGCCUUGUCAAGGCUUACCAGUUCGCUGCAAAGCACGGCGAAGUUUGCCCAGCUACAUGGCAGCAGGACGGUGAUGCUACAAUCAAGCCAUCACCCAAGGAGUCCCUUGAAUACUUCCACAAGGUUAACUAA